AUGGGCUUUCAUGUGAGGCUAGUGCAAUUCACUCUUGCAUUGGUGUUGUCCUCCACAUCAACUGCUAAUCGAACGACAACAGUUAUCGCCAAGCCUGGCUGCCCCAAUAGCUGCGGGAAUGUAAGCAUCCCAUACCCAUUUGGGACGACUAAAGGCUGUUAUCUCAAUGAACAGUUCCUCAUCACCUGUAACAGCUCUUUCACCCCUCCAAAAGCAUUUUUAACUAACAGUACGAUAAAUGUUACAGAAAUCUCUCUCCUCCGGGGUCAGUUGCAAAUCUGGCAGUUUAUAGCCCGUGAUCUUUAUCGUCAGCGUGAUCAUGUCCAAGUGUACAAUAACGAGCCUUGGCUUAGUCUGUCCAAAUUCAUCAUAUCUGAUACCAAUAAGUUCACAGCAGUUGGCUGUGACACUUAUGCCAUUGUUACAUUCGACCGACGAAAUGAGAAUUACAGUAUGACAGGUUGCAUGUCCAUAUGUAACAGCAUAGAUAAUGUUGAUAAUGGUUCUUGUUCCGGUGUUGGCUGUUGCCAGACACGCAUCCCUAAAGGGGUAUGGUCCAUCACAAUGGAUUUAAGUAGCUAUUACAAUUAUGCAAAGGUGUCAGACUUCAAUUCAGGCAGCUAUGCCUUUGUCAUCCAAGAAAAUGAGUUCAACUUCACCUCAAACUAUCUUCGCGAACUGCAGAAUGUACAGAAGCUUCCUCUGCUGGUUGAUUGGACCAUUGGAAAUGAGACUUGUGAGAUGGCUCAAAUGAACUUCACUAGUUAUGCCUGUAAAAACAAUUCGAAGUGUUACGAACCCAGUACUACUUCUGGGUAUCUCUGUCACUGCUUGGCUGGGUACGACGGUAACCCAUACCUCAUCAAUGGUUGUCAAG